CACCCACCCACACACUCGCGCGCUCACAGUAGUAGCUGGAAUAUAAUCGGGGCCUUCACACAUCACACAUCAAUUCAACAAACAUGUCCGCCCCGGGUGCAGAUGGCUCUGGCUCUGCAGGGAGUAACCGCAGGCUUCAGCAGACUCAGGCACAGGUGGAUGAGGUGGUGGACAUCAUGAGGGUGAACGUCGAUAAGGUCCUGGAACGAGACCAGAAGCUCUCUGACCUGGACGAUCGUGCCGAUGCCCUGCAGGCCGGAGCUUCCCAGUUUGAGACCAGCGCCGCCAAACUCAAGAGGAAGUACUGGUGGAAGAACGUCAAGAUGUGGGCCAUUUUGAUAGCCGUGGUUGUGAUCAUCAUUGUCGUCAUUAUUAUCUGGACGCAGUCAUAAUGAUGCAAUACAGAGAUGAAUACUGGUUAUGAAUUGAGGAAAAGA